AUGCAAGAAAUAUCGAGACCCUCAUUCUUUAUGGCCCACCCGUUACUCGAGAAUGCUUCUGAUGAUAGUGACAGGGCAUUUAUAUAUCACCAACUUGGAUGGUUGAAAACCGAUCAAGGGGAAUACCAACAAGCAGUUACUUUCUACAAAAAAUCACUCGAAAUCUACCGGAAAACGCUUCCAGAAGAUGAUGCUUCAUUAGCGCCUACUUAUGGUAACAUAGGUCUAGUGUAUGACAACAUGGGUGAAUACUCGAAAGCCCUGGAAUAUUACGAAAAAUCGCAUCAAAUCUUAGAAAUAUCCCUGCCUCCGACUCAUUCCGAUUUGGCUAGUUCCUACAACAACAUCGGUCAAUUAUAUAAAAAAAUGGAAGAGUACUCAAAAGCACUUCCACUUCUAGAAAAAGCACUCGGCAUCUGGCGAAAGUCACUUUCUUCAACACAUCCACAUAUUAAAAACGUGAUGAAUGCUAUUGAUCGUGUGAAAGAGAGGUUGUAA